AUGUCUACACUCAAUCAAGAUAUUAGAAUUACUACAGUUAAAUCCAAUGAAAAGGUUGAACCUUCUUCAUCUAUGGAUUUAGGUAGUGGAAGUGAUAUAGAACUAUAUGAUCCAAAUUGUUACUCUGGAGAAAAUAGUUCAAUUGAUCAACCAAGUGAUAGUGAAUUUUGUGAGAUUGUUCGUACAAAAUCUGUUCAUGAUGAUAGUAAGACACCAAUAGAAUAUGAAGUUCCAAGAUCAAGAUUUGAUAGACGUGCUAAAAUGAUUUUGGUUAUUCAAUGUGCUUUUACCGGAUUUUUUUCAUCAAUUGCUGGUGCAAUUUACUAUCCUGUUUUAAAUGUCAUUGAAGGUGAAUUCCAUAUUAAUGAAGAACAAGUUAACAUUACAGUUGUUGUUUAUUUCUUAUUUCAAGGUGUUGCACCAAGUAUUAUGGGUGGAUUAGCUGAUUCCCUUGGAAGAAGACCUGUUGUUCUAACAUCUAUAAUAUUAUAUUUCUGCGCUUGUAUUGGUUUAGCUAGAUCUCAAAAUUAUGGACAAAUUGUUGGUUUAAGAUGUUUACAAGCUGCAGGUAUUUCUCCUGUUAUUGCUAUCAAUAGUGGUAUUAUGGGUGAUGUUACAACAAAACCUGAAAGAGGUGGUUAUGUUGGCUAUGUUUCUGGAUUUCAAGUUAUUGGUAGCGCAUUUGGUGCACUAAUUGGUGCUGCAUUAGCAAAUAGAUGGAGUUGGAGAUCAAUCUUUUGGUUUUUAGUUAUUGGAUCUGGUGUUUGUUUACUAUUUUCAAUUAUAAUCUUAGCUGAAACUAAGAGAACUAUUGUAGGUAAUGGAUCAAUUAAACCAAAAUCAAUUUUUAAUAAAGCACCAAUAUUAAUGGUACCAUAUGUUAAAAAAGUUCUUCAUUUAAAUAAUCCAGAUAUCGAAACCUUAGAACCACCAAUGAAAUUAGAUUUGUUAGCACCAUUAGAUAUUAUUAAAAAUUUAAAGAUGAGUAUAUUAUUAUACGUUGCUGGUAUGCAAUUUGCAAUGUGGUCAACACAUCAAACUGCUUUAUCAACCGCAUUAAGUUCAAAAUACAGUAUGUCGGUUAUUGACAUUGGUCUUUGUUAUCUACCUACUGGUUUAUGCACAAUGGCAAGUGUUGUUACAUCAGGUAGAUGGCUAAAUUGGGCCUAUACUAAAAAAUUUAAUAAAUAUAAACUUUGGAGAGAUUCUGAACGUGCAAGAUUAUUAGAAGAAAAUAAUCAUAAUGAGUCUAAAGUUGAUUUUAUAAUGGAUAAUGAUCCAAAUUAUACUUUUAACCUUUUCCGUGCAAGACUUGGUAUGGCCUUUAUUACAUUAGUAUUAAGUUCAGGUGGGUUUAUUGCAUUUGGUUGGUGUUUAGAAGUUAAAGCUCCUUUAGCCGCUGUAUUAGUAUGUAGUGGGUUUGCUUCAUUAUUUUCUAAUUGUAUUCUAACAAUGUCUACUACAGUAAUUGUUGAUUUAUAUCCAUCAAAGACUUCUACAGCCACAGGUUGCUUAAAUUUAUAUCGUUGUUUAUUAUCGGCUUUAUUUAUCGGUUGUUUAAGUCGUAUGAUUACUGCAAUGGGCUAUGGUGGUGUAUUUACAUUAAUUGGUAGUGUUAACGCCGCAUCAUCCUUUUUAAUUCUUUGGUUAGUUAAGCAUGGUAAAGAAAUUGCGAUGAAUAGACGUCAUGAAGAAGACGCUUUAAAGAAGCCAUUAAUUAAUGAUGAAGAAAAACAAAUGGAUGAAUUAGACGAUGAUUUAAGUUAA